AUGGCGAAAGUUUCGCCUCUCGAACCACCACCCGUUUUCAUUAAAGCUGAGAGAAAACGUAUAUUCCCAUCUACUCGUUUCUUUUUUGCUGUUAUACUAUGUCUAUGCUUUAUUUCAUUAUCUGUAUCAACUUCGAACAUUUCACAAAGUAUGGUGUGUAUGGUUAGAAAACAUCCAAUUCAAUUGGAAAAUCCGACUGAUGAUGAUGUUUUGAACCGCACAAGAAGAGAUUUACUUGAGAAUAUCACUGAUGACGAUAAAUCCAUCAGUUUAUCUCAGAGCCCGCCAUGUAAAUCCAAAAGAUCAGCGGAUGACGUGAUGGUAACCCCAUGUACUGAACGCUACAAACUCGAUUGGUCUAACACCCAACAAGGUUUCAUCUUUGCUGCUCAGAACUUCGGAUCACUUUUCAUGUUAAUAACUGGCUGGCAGGCAGAUAAACUAAACGGAAAAUGGUCAGUGUGCGUCUCGCUGCUGUUGCUGAUCAUUUCGAACUCACUCAUCCCACUGGUCGCUUCCACUUCGGUCUGGUUGGUAUUUCUCAUGAGAGUUAUAACAGGAAUGGGAGAUGCAUUAUUAUUUCCAUCAGCAUCUUCAAUGAUAACUCGAUGGUUUCCCCCCAAAGAACGUCCAUUUGCCCUUGGAUUUGUUACGGGUGGAAGACAAAUAGGUACACUCCUUAUUUUGCCAAUUGCUGGUGUCUUGUGUGAUUCUACGGGGGAUUUUGGUGGAUGGAAAGCUAUUUUCUAUUUAUCAGCUUUAAUAUGUGCGAUCGUCUUUUGUAUUUGGAUAUUCUUGUCGGCUGAUAAGCCAUCGAAACAUUGUUGUGUUUCUCAAAUGGAAAAUGCCUAUAUUUGUAGAAAAAUUGAGGAGGAAAGGCUAGGAAAAAGAACCGAUCGGGGUAAUCCUCCUUGGAAACAAAUCUUUACCUGUGCUCCUCUCUAUGUUGCAAUUGCUGCCUUGGUUUGCCAUGAAUACCCACUUGUCAUUAUGCUACAGUUCUUACCAAAAUUCUUCUCUGAUGUACUCGGUCUUUCAUCUUCUGUUAAUGGUUUAGUAUCUGCUUUGCCUUCUGUCAUUCUCUUCAUCACCAAGACUUUAUCGUCUUCAUUAUCCUCAGUGAUAACUUCCAAGAAACCUCCUCUACUUUCAAAAACGGCUUCAUGUAAGCUUUUCAACUUUAUUGCCUCCCUUGGACUAGGAAUAUGUGUCGGUAUCACACCUUUACUCGGAAACAUCGGUCAUCCUGCGCCUGCAAUCAUUGUUUUAUGUUUGGCUAAUGCUUUUGCAGGUUUACAUACUCCCGGGGUUCAAACAGCACUUGUGCAGUUAGCUCCAGCAUACUCAGGAAUCGUUACAGGAAUAUCAUUUACGGUUGUUGCGCUCUUCUCGAUCAUGAACAAAUUAAUAAGCAGUUACAUCCUAUCAACAAGUUCAACCCGGGAAUGGACCAUAGUAUUCGAGAUAUCAGCAGUUGUCGCCAUCUUGCCUGUAUUCUUCUUCACGUAUUGGGGUUCAGCUGAUUUACAGCCGUGGGCCAUGCCGAAUGGGGUUCAGAAAAAAGAGAAAGAUAUCGAUCAAGAAUCACAGAACUCUUCAGACUCGACUGACACUAUUGUAACAACUUUAGCAAAAAACUCCAUGUAUCUCUCGCACGUUGUUCAAAGUUGCAAAAUGACCGAUCCCAAGCAGAUCAUUGCUUCUAUCAGAGAUGCUUUACCCAAGAAACAGAAAGGGGCUCUUGGUGAUGUACUGUCUUUCAUUGAUAAUCUACAAAACAAAUCUGUGCCCGUACAAGUUAGUGUUGGUGGAGGAGCUGGAAUGCUCUCUGGUUAUUUGUUUACUAAGGGUAGUAAAGCCACGGCUACCGUACUGGGAGUAUCUUUGUUAGCUUUCCAGUUCUGUAACUAUCGUGGUUACAUUAAACUGAACAGCUCCAAAAUAGAAGACGAUCUCCGUGAUUUGAAGAAAGGAAUUGAAAAGGAACUGUAUGGACGUUCAAGCGCUAUUGAUAUAAACGACAAACAAGUCUCAAAGUUUGUUCACGCUAACGCUUGGCUGUUGGGAGGCUUUUUCGCUGGAUGGCUAUUGGGAUAUGGCAUCGCAUAA